UGAUCUGUCUGUUGUUUAGGUAUCUUUGUUUAAUUAUUUGCUACGGACGCGUAUUAUAAUAACGGAUGUACAGAGCGACACAACGCGACGCGCCAAACUAUAGGCUAUCGCGUUUGUUGUGUAACGUUACACAGCUUUGGUGGUCUAUUAGCCUUAGCAGUAUGAACACGAGUGUGGACAGUGCAGAAGCUGAUGGCUUCUCUGACAUUCUGGAGGAAAGGAGGCGGAGCAGUGACUUAAGCCACGCCUUCCGGACCUUUAACCCUCAGCCAUUCUGUGGGGCCACACCCAUUUCAGCUGCCGCUCUCAACAGGAUGGUGCUUGAAUCACAAUACCUGAGCUACAUCAUACAGGAGAUUAUGGUUGAAUGUGACGAAUCGCGUGAAGCGCUUUUAGAAGAGGCAUCUGCGCUGCUGGAUGAGAUGAGUCAAAACCUUCAGCUGGGAUUCAUUCGUCUGCUGGGCUUCGCACUGAGCAAAGUUUUUAAGAGCGUCUUCAGCUCUAUACACGUCAAUGAGGAUGGACUCACACGGCUCCAGCAAGCCAUUCAGGAGUAUCCCGUCAUCCUGAUGCCCAAUCACAGGAGUUACGUGGACUUCCUGGUUCUGUCUUACAUCAUGUUCACUUAUGACCUCUCUAUCCCCGUCAUUGCAGCUGGAAUUCCUCUGAUGGGGAUGAAGCUGAUUGGUGAGAUCUUUCGGCGGUCAGGAGCGUUCUUUAUCCGUCGUGCCAUUGGCUCAGACAAGCUGUACUGGGCGGUGCUGUCUGAGUACGUCAGAACCAUUGUGCGGACAGGUUAUGCUCCAUUAGAGUUUUACGUUGAAGGAUUACGGAGCAGAACGCUGAAAUCUCUCACACCAAAACUAGGAAUGAUGCACAUGGUGUUGGAGCCCUUUUUUAAAGGAGAGGUGUUUGACAUCAGUCUGGUGCCCAUCAGCAUCAGUUAUGAGCGUGUGCUGGAGGAGUCGCUCCUCGCUCAUGAGCUGCUGGGAGUGCCUAAACCGAAAGAGACCACAGGGGCUUUGCUGAAGGCCAGGACUGUGCUGAAGGAGGAUUACGGCUGCAUGCAUGUGUGCUUUGGCAACCCUGUGUCAGUCAGAGACCUGGUGAAGGGAAAAAUAAACCGCAGACAGUAUAAUCUUGUACCCAGAGACCUGCCUAUGAAGCCCAGUAAGGAGACGCAGGAGUUUGUAUCUGGUCUCGCCCACAUGAUCAUCCGUUUGCAGGAGAGAAAUGUGGUACUGAGCGCCUGGAACCUGAUGGCCGUGGUUCUCCUUCAGAACCUACAGGGCAUUGAUUUGGACCUGCUGACCCAUAAAACCCUGUGGCUGAGGAGACUCGCCCUGCGGUUUGGAGCUCAUCUCAGAUGGCCCAAGAAUGUUUCGGAUUCUGAGGUGAUGUCAUCGAGCGUGAGCCUGCAUCACUCAGUAGUGCGCUGUGAGAGGGGGCGUGUCUAUUUAGUGGAGGAGGAGGGGCCAGGGCCUGUCACUGUAGAAAUCGAAUAUUCAAGUUACUCUGUUGUUUUCUUUCUAGACGACGUCUUUCAUCAUUUCAAGUUCCUGCUGGAGCUCUUUUCCAAUGAGUUUGUUCUUAUUCCUGGUCAAGCAGUUCAGGACUUUGAGGAGGGCUGUUCUUUGCUACAGCAGUCUGGUGUAAUCGACCGCUCUGAUGAAGAGAUCUAUGUGAGGGACAAUGGCCAGGAAACCAUCAUCUUCCUCAGAGCGAUUCUGCAGCCUUUCAUUGAGAGCUACCAGGUGCUGUUCAGGUACCUGUGUGAAGAGAGUUCGCAGACAUUCAGAGAGAAGAUGUUUUCAAACAGCAUCCGCAGUUUCAUCGUGAAGCUCUUUAUUUCAGGUGAAGUUGAGUCGUAUGAGUGUUUAUCGUCUGACCUCCAGAAGAACGUUCUCUCAGCUUUGCUCAGGAUGGCUGCUGUGACCAAAACUAAAGUUGAUGACCAGAAUGAGUUUAGAGUGAAUAAAUCUGCAGUGAAGAGAAUAUGGGACAUGCUGAGCAAUGGAUGGACCCCUCAGAUCAGUGUAGACGCCAGACUGUGAUGAGAAGAAUCGGACGACAGCGACUCUUGAUUCUUUUAUCGUAGAAUUGCAAAUAUGUAGAAGUGCUGUAUGUGUACAAACCUGCAGUAGCUGCUCUAGAUGUAGAGCAUCAUUAUUGCAGUAUAGAUGAUUUAAUUUUAUAGAUCAUGUGAAAAUCAUACAGAUUGAUAAUGGUAUUCAACAGCGAAAUGUACAUUUGAAGAUACACUUAUCUUUUAAGUAUUCUUUUAACAUGCAAUUUAACACAUUUUGAUAAUCCAUUGCAUUUAUUUUUUUAAUGGCACAAUUUUAAAACAUUUGUAUAAAAUAUCAUUGUUAAUCAAAUCUUGAUUACUGUUGUACUGUAUAUUCCUUUGUUGAUGUUUUUUCCCAAGCAGCACAAAGAAGAAUGAAAUAAAGUCCCAUUUAAAAGUGAACAGAAA